UGGGCGAGUGGGCCACAAAAAACCCUAACGCCAUCGCCGUGCCGGUGCGAGGUUGAAAUCUUUAUUGGAAAUUCUGUAAGAAAAAAGUCGCUGCUCGGCGGGCAGGACUCGAAAUCGGUGCAAGGCAAGGACACGAAAUCGGGCAAGCAUGACCAUGGCACCGGCCACCGUCCUCCAGAUGCUGCGCGGCCUGAGCACGCCGCGGGUACUCAGCCAAAUCCACCAGCACGGCGCAUUGGGUAAUCACUUAACCCGCCACCACCACCGACUUGCCACUUCCACAACGCUGCCAUUGCCCUCCAGUCUGCUCCUCCACACAGCCCGCGGCUACAGCAGCACCACCAAGCAGGAGAAUGCAGCUGGAGGAUCCAGCAGCUCGAGUGCCCCGCUGCUGGCCAAGCUCUUUCCCCAGACCGCGCCCGAGGUGGACAGCAGCGCCGAGCAGGAGCGCCAGAAGCGCGAGGAGGAGGAGGCCAAGGAGAACGAGCGCGCCUGGAAGCGCAUGAAGCUGGGCUUCGCCAUCUUCGGCGGCGGUGGGGUGGCCGCUGGCUUCUGGGCCGUCUACGAGUUCGGGAAGCCCGAGGUGGAUCCCAAUGGGCAGACCAUCGAGGACGAGUUCACACACAAGCCGCUGGUGCAGCAGUAUCUGCAGCGCAUGUGGAAGAGCAUCCACUACUAUCAGCGGAUGAUCCAGGAGCCGUCGCGGGCCAAGCUGCUGCCCGAUCCGCUCAAGCCGCCGUAUGUCCAGCCGCGCUACACGCUCGUCCUCGAGAUGAAGGACGUGCUGGUGCAUCCGGACUGGACAUACCAGACGGGCUGGCGCUUCAAGAAGCGCCCGGGCGUCGAUCACUUCCUCGCCGAGUGCGCCAAGGAGUUCGAGAUCGUUGUGUUUACCGCCGAACAGGGCAUGACCGUAUUCCCCAUCCUGGACGCCCUCGAUCCGAAUGGCUAUAUUAUGUACCGCCUGGUCAGGGACGCCACCCACUUUGUGGACGGCCAUCAUGUGAAGAAUCUGGACAACCUGAAUCGUGAUUUGAAGAAGGUAAUUGUUAUUGACUGGGAUGCGAAUGCCACCAAAAUGCAUCCGGACAACACAUUCGGCUUGGCCCGCUGGCACGGCAAUGACGAUGAUGGCCAGCUGCUGGACCUGAUUGCCUUCCUGAAGAUUAUUGCCCAGAACAACGUGGACGAUGUGCGCGAGGUGCUGCACUACUACCGCCAGUUCGACGAUCCCAUCAGCCAGUUCCGGGAGAACCAGCGCCGGCUGGCCGAGCAAAUGCAGGAGGCGGAGCGCGUCGAGCAGUCGAAGACCAAGCCCAUGGUCAAGCAGUGGUCGCGCAGCAUUCUGGGGCGCUAGGAUCAGGAGGCUGGCCAUCCCGCACACCCCGUUCCAUAUCCAUACCUUAACCUUCCUUCCUUCCGCCUGCCGGAGCACAGAGAUCGGGAGAAGCUACAAACAUAAAAGAAACCUGCAGCAGCACACUGGCCAUAUUUUUUCGUCGAUUUAGGAGUAGGAAGGCAGGAAGGCACGCACUUUUUAUUAAUUCCCCUGGGAUAAGAUAAGGCGAAUGUUUUUGUUUAAAUAAAUAACUAAACUUGCUUGUUUUUGUUGUUUGGCAAUGUAA